AAAGAAAAAGUAGGGUGCGCAAAAGGGGUAGCAAAAGUUGGGCUUUUAUGGGGUCAGUUUUUUUCACGGAAAACCAGGGAACAGAUUUCUUGAUUUUUUUUCCUUUACCCAGUUAUAGUGGCAGAGCUUUUUAACUAUUUUUGCAGACAUAUAACAAGUGUAAAGUCCAUGCCUUUGGCAUUUUCUGUCAACUUAUAUUUGGAUAACAGAAAUGAUACCAAACUCUGCUGUUUUCCUUGUGACUGCUCCCUCAGGCUUAAAAGCUGGAAUUUUUAGUCCUGUAAGUUAUCAAUGUUAGCUCAGAAUUGUGGGGUUCUUUUGUUUUUCAGCUGAAGAAAUCUUGAGCUCACUCUUUGGAGAGAAGAUAGGUUGAGUAAUGGAUGGAAAGGGUGUCUCAAAUUCCUGUUUGAUUAAAUCAGAAGGGAAAAGGGAGAGCUUAUGUCCAAUUUUCUUUGGUAUUUCUUUGGGGUUGCUUGUCUGGAGAGUUCAGAGGGAAGAAGCAAAUAAUAAAAAAUCUGAACUAGCAUUACUUAAGCUUGAGAAUGCACAGAAAAAAAUUGAAGAGUUGAAGAGCUUAAGAAGGGAAGAUGCUAAAGCUAAUGAGAAAGUUGUUGGGAUAUAUGCUGCACAAGAACAGUGCUGGUUCAAUGAGAGGAAGAAACUUAGGCAGCAAAUUGGUGCUUUUAUGAAUGAAUUGAGAGUUCUUGAGAAGCAAAAGGAUACAAUUAUUGCUGAUUUGAAUAACAAGCUGGAGGAGAGCAAAGUAAUGUUGCAGUCAAAAGAUAAAAUCAUAGAGGAAGAAGGGAAAAGGCAUUAUGAUGUUGAAGAAAAGCUGAAAAAGGCUGAAGCUUUAGCAGAAGAAUUGAGAAAUAAUGCAAAGUUUGAUGCUCAGAGGCACUCUAAUGAGAUCUCAAAACACAAGACUGCAUUCAUUGAACUGGUGUCUAAUCAACGGCAGCUUGAGGCGGAGAUGGGGCGCGCCCUCAGACAAGCUGAAGCAGCGAAGCAAGAGCUUAAUUCCGCACUGGAGCAAAAGGAGAAGUCGAUCUUGAUGACUCAAAAACUAUCGAUGGAGCUAGUUAAAAUGCGCAAGGACUUGGACCAGAAAGAUCAAAUUUUGUCAGCUAUGCUUAGGAAAUCCAAAUUGGACACAGCAGAGAAACAAAUGCUUUUAAAAGAGAUCAAAUUAUCAAAAGCCAAGAGAAAGCAAGCUGAACUAGAGAUUGAGAAAUGGAAAUCAGCUUCAGAGUCUAGGUAUGAGAGACAUUCAUUAAAAAGUAUGCUGUACAAACGUAUGAAUCCAAAGUUGGAGAUUGGAAAAAGCAGAUCACAAAAGACAGAUUAUCUUAUCGAUGAGCAGCCUGAGUGUACAAAAGAGCCAGAACUAUUUUCUCAUAUUUCUGAUAGAUUCUUUACUGAGGAGACUGAAGAAAUACUCACAAAUGAUGUUGAGGACUUAGAGAAUUGGGUUCGAUCAGAGGCUGAAAAAUACAGUAUUGCAGUUGAUCAGAGGCAUCAUAUGGAGCUUGAUGCUUUUGCUGAACAAUUGAGACUCAAAGAUGAGAAGUUAGAAGCUUUUCGUUGGCGCCUGCUCAGUAUGGAACUGGAAUCAAAGAGGUUGCAGUCGCAUAUUGAAGUGCUGGAUCAUGAUCUAGUUCAGCUCCGGCAAGAAAAUAUGAAGUUAGAUGGAUUGCUAUUGAAUCGAGAAGUAGAAUUACAAUCCUUCAGGCAACAACUAGCUGAAAAUUUUCGCCGUCCUGAUUCCCUGAAGUCCAAUGCAAAUGCUUGUCCAAAAGACGAGGACUUAGCCAAUCAUACAGUUUGGUCCAAUGUAGCAGUUAUAAAGACAAAACAAGGAGAGAAAGAGCAAGAAACAAAGAACCAUCCUGAGGAAAUAUCUCAAAAGGUAAAGAAUGGAAGAAAAGUUGACACCAGAACGAAUAACCCCCCAAAAGACAUAAUUUUGACUCUACAGAAUGGAGCCUCGGAUAUGAAUGGUAAUUCUAGGGCCGAACACUUCAGUAUAGAGGAUGCUCAGAAUGGUGUAUCAUCAACUUCAGAAGGUGAUAGUGAUAUUAAGAAGAAGAAAUCUCUAUGGAAGAUGGAUUUACAUGCUCUUGGAGUUUCAUACAAAAUCAAGAGACUGAAUCAGCAAUUUAUCAUGCUCGAGAGGUUGACAGGAAAGCAAGAACGUCCUGGAAAUAGUGAAAACAAUGAUAAUGAACGAUCUGGUACGAGAGGAUUUAAUGCAUUGAUGUCUUUAUUGAAUAAACAAGUUGCUCGUUACGAGUCCCUUCAGGGGAAAAUUGAUGAUCUAUGCAAGCGGAUGCAUGAGAAUGACCUGAAUGUAAAUUGUGGAGGUUCAGUUACACGAAAAACGAAGGAAGAAACUAAGAUGCUAGAGCAAUUUCUUGAAGAAACAUUUCAGCUGCAAAGAUACAUAGUAGCAACAGGACAGAAAUUGAUGGAAGUCCAAACAAGGAUUGCUUCUGGAUUUGUUGGAGCUGCAGAAGAGCUUGAUACACCUGCAAGUUUUGAUGUGAAGCGGUUUGCUGAUGGUAUUAGAACACAUUUUAGGGAAGUACAGAGAGGACUUGAAGUUCGUAUAUCUCGAAUUAUUGGUGAUCUUGAAGGAACUUUAGCCUGUGAUGGCAUCAACCAUUUCAAGAGAUAGUGCUGCGAUCCAGCCUUCCAAUCAUGCAUUGAGGCAGAAUCUAAGGUAACAUGGUGCAGCAACAUAUUUGUUGCAGCUUAUUUAAAGAAUGUGUUCUGUUUUUUAUGGAACCAAACCAUUGAUCCAGUCCCAGAUAUACAUGUAAAUAUCCAGCAACUAUAAAUUCCAAUAAUUCGCGUACAUAGAAAAUUGCUGCAUCAGCUGUAGCACUAUUAGUGUAUCACCUAUUUGGCCAUUGUUACGUUUGCUUUCCAUAGUUUUUUAAAUGAAUGAAUGCCUAUAGGGGUACGAUUUGUGCAUGGA